UAUCUGUCUUUUAUACCAACACAAUGCGCUUCUCUCUUGCUGCCAUUGCGGUCCUUUCCCUCAGUAAUCUCACAUUCGCCCUUCCUUCAUUCCCUGAAGAGGCUGCCAGUGCAAGUGCUUAUGAAGUUGCCUCUGCCUCUGCCGCUGCUUAUUCCCCAGCUUCAGCUUCCGUACAAGGAUCCUAUGCAAAGGUCGGAUCAAAGCGUAAUAUCAUCGAAUUCUUUAAGAAUCUCAUGUACUUUGAAGAGCCUACCGCUCUCGAAUCAUCGCUGGCCGAAGAGAAUGUCUUAGAGGAAGUCUCUGAAGCAUCUGCAUCUGCUUACCAGUCUGCUUCCGCUUAUGCUAAGCGUGGUUUCUUGAACGAUCCUUUUGAGUUCUUCCCUGCUGAAGCUUCAGCUGCUUAUGGAGCUAUCCCCUUAGCUUCCGCCUCGCAAGCCGCAGGAUCCAUGGUUGCCUAUGCCGAAGAUUUCUCAGUAGCCACUAACACCGACUCUGUUCCUUUCGCUGCAAGCAAUGACCAGAUCUUGAACAAACGUGGAAUAAUCCUUAACUUCUUGGAUAGUCUCUUUGAUGAUCUUUCACCCUCUUCUUCUUCGUCUUCCAGCGAACCUGCUCCAUCUUCCGACAGCAGCCUUCUCAAGAAGCGUGGUAUUUUCCUCGACAUUUUGGAAGAUCUCGUCGAUGACCUUUCUCCCUCUUCGUCUUCUUCCUCAAGCGAGCCUGCUCCAUCCUCUGACAACAGUCAGCCCAAGAAGCGUGGUAUCUUCCUCGACAUUUUGAAUGAUCUCGUUGACGACUUAUCGCCCUCUUCGUCGUCGUCUUCCAGCGAACCUGCUCCAUCUUCUGACAGCAGCCUCCUCAAGAAGCGUGGUAUCUUCCUCGACAUUUUGAAUGAUCUCGUUGACGAUCUUUCACCCUCUUCUUCUUCGUCUUCCAGCGAGCCUGCCCCAUCUUCUGACAAUAGCCAGCCAAAGAAGCGUGGUAUCUUCCUUGACAUUUUGGGUGAUAUCGUUGAUGAUCUUUCCCCCUCUUCGUCGUCGUCUUCCAGCGAGCCUGCUCCAUCUUCUGACAACAGCCAGCCAAAGAAGCGUGGUAUCUUCCUCGACAUUUUGAAUGAUCUCGUUGACGAUCUUUCACCCUCUUCUUCUUCGUCUUCCAGCGAGCCUGCCCCAUCUUCUGACAACAGCCAGCCAAAGAAGCGUGGUAUCUUCCUCGACAUUUUGGGUGAUAUCGUUGACGAUCUUUCCCCCUCUUCGUCGUCGUCUUCCAGCGAGCCUGCUCCAUCUUCUGACAACAGCCAGCCAAAGAAGCGUGGUAUCUUCCUCGAUGUUUUGGAAGAUCUUGUUGACGACCUUUCUCCUUCGUCCUCAUCUUCAUCUGAUUCCAGCGAGCCUUCCUCUUCCGAAGGUGGCCUUUUGAAGAAGCGUGAUGCCCUCGAAGAUUUCCUCCGCGAGUUCUUCAGUGAUAUCGAUUUCGACUUCCCCACAGAAAGUGCUUCAUCCUCAAGCGAUGAGAGCGCCGCUCCAACUGACGAUAGCGCUUCUGCUCCUGCCGACGACAGUGCUCCUCCUCCUCCUCCUACCGAUGACAGUGUUCCUCCCCCUGCUGAUGACAGUGUUCCUCCCCCUGCCGAUGACAGUGUUCCUCCCCCUGCCGAUGACAGUGUUCCUCCUCCAGCCGAUGACAGUGCCCCUGCCGCUGCUCCAGCUCUUAAUAAGCGUGGUAUUAUCAUUAACUUCUUGGAUGAGCUCUUUGGUGAGGCCGCUCCCGAGGCUUCUGUCUCCGCCAGCGCAUCAGCAUAUUCUGUUGACAAUGCUCGCUUUGAAAAGCGUGAUUUCUUCAUGGAUGCUUUGGAUGAUAUCAUUAACGAUGUCUUGCCAAUUCCUUUGUCUUCUUCUGCUUCCGAGUCUGAGUCUGCUUCUCCAGCUUCCGCAUCUCCAGCUUCCGCAUCUGCUUACUAUGCCGAUGCCGUAUACAAGCGUGAUCUUUUUGAGCUUAUCGAAGAUCUCUUUGAGGACGAUUCUUCAUCCUCCCAGUCCGAGUCUGCUUCUGCCUCUGAGCCUGAAUCAUCCGCCUCCGCAUAUGCUUACCCUGCUGAGGCCUAUUACAAGCGUGAAAUCAUUGGUGACUUGAUUGAUGCUGUCACUGACGAUAAGCCUUCAGAUUCCUCUGAGGAUGAGGAAGCCGAUACCGAAGAGGCCCAGCCUGCUGAGGAAGACAACAGUGCUCCUGCUGAGGAAGAGGAGAGUGAAGCCCCUGCUGACUCUGCUUCAGAGUCUGCCUCCUCCCCUGCUACUGAGGCCUCCGAGGCCUUCGUCGACUAUGGUGUUAUGGAGGAGUCAUACCAGGACAAUUUGGACGCCCAAAUGAUGGCUGAGGAUGUUGCUUAUCUUGAUACCCUUCCCUCUAUGAACUUUGAGAAGCGCGCCCAUCACAACAUGAACAGAAUGGCUUCUGCUUCCGCCUCCGCUUCUGUUGCCUCUUUUGCCAGCGCUGCUUACGCUGACUCUGAUGUGUACAUGGAGGCUCUGGAGCGUAUGAACUUUUAAGUUCAAGCUUAUAUUACUUAUCUAAUUAAAAAUUCGAAUAUUCCCUUGUUGCACCUUACUUGUUUUACAUUGCACAUAUAAUAAAAUUGCUUUUUCUGAAAAU